CCCAAAGUUAUGUUUGUCUCACUACCUGUCAUAUACAUGUAUGCCAUCAACUCCACCACUCCAAAGGUAAAGGGAAAUAAAUCUUAUGUUUGUCUCACUACCUGUCAUAUACAUGUAUGCCAUCAAUUCCACCACUCCAAAGGUAAAGGGAAAUAAAUCUUAUGUUUGUCUCACUACCUGUCAUAUACAUGUACGCCAUCAACUCCACCACUCCAAAGGUAAAGGGAAACAAAUCUUAUGUUUGUCUCACUACCUGUCAUAUACAUGUACGCCAUCAACUCCACCACUCCAAAGGUAAAGGGAAAUAAAUCUUAUGUUUGUCUCACUACCUGUCACAUACAUGUAUGCCAACAACUCCACCACUCCAAAGGUAAAGGGAAAUAAAUCUUGGCUUAACUAAAAUAUUUGGUGCAUAUUUUAACUGUGGACGUAAGCUUUGUGUAAUCUAUACCUGGACAUUAUGCAUUUUACAAUGUAUUGUGUCAAGAUACCCUACUAUACCCAACUGGAGCUUGGCUUUAUUUUCUACUGAUUCUUUUCGAUCACAUUUCUAGAUAUUCAGAUUGUGCUCAGUACCUUAACCUUUGACUUUUUGAUAUCACCCCCUAAUCGGUCUGUGUGUUUGCUUUGCAACUUGUUAAUUCUAGUCUAGAACCUUUAAUACUUUCAAUUGUUUGAAAGCUAAAUUAUUAUUUUUAAAAAUAUUUUAAUGUGUCACAUUGCUCAAAUUAAAAAAAAAAUGCUAAUAAGAGGUUAUUAACUGAAUACAUCUGAGGUAUCUUAUUUUGUAUAACAUUUUUACAAUUCUGGGUAAAACCUUUAAAAUUGUACAAAAUUCUUUAUCAAAAAUAAUUUAUUUGACACUUGCAGCAUGUAAUUUUUUAAUUAUGUUAUGUAACACAAUAUUUCAUUUUUAAAUUUCAAGCUGAAAUACAUUGUUUCCUUCAAAAUAACUUGUAAACAUUUGGAAAUUGAAUAUACACCAAUCAUCCUUUACAGGACCCCAAACUGUAUCAGUGUCCUGUGUACAAGAAACCCUGCAGAACUGAUCUGACUUUCAUCACAACAAUUGUUUUUAAGACUAUUCACAGCCCUGACCAGUGGAUUCUCCGAGGUGUGGCUGCUCUAUGUGACAUUAAAUAA